CUCCCCUCCCUGGCGCGCGCACGGUGCCCCGGGGGAGCCGCGAGGCAGCCGCUUGCCCAAUGUCAAGGCUGGCUCGCCCUCGCAAGGCAGCGAGCGGGAGGGCGAUGGUGAGGAGGGGCGAGGCGGCCUCUCGGGCUUCUUCUUCUCCCCUUCCUCCUCCUCCUCGCCGGGGCUGAGGCGGCGGCGGCGGCGGCGGCGGCUGCCCGGCGGGACGAUGAAACUCUACUGCAAAGUGGUGGCCCUGGCGCUCUGCCUGGCGCUGCUGCUCCUGCUCUACCUCGUCGUGGGCAACUCCGAGGACGGCGACGACGAGGAGGAGCCGCCUUUGCGAGGGGCCAGAGGAAGUCCCCGGGCGCCGCUGCCCUCCGGCUCCCGGCGGGACCCUCCAGCCCCGCUGCUCCCAGAGCCCCAUUUCCGACCCAUCCCCGCCGCGGCGGAGCGGGAAGCAGAGGAAGCGGCGGCUCAGGUUUCCAAGAGACAGCAGCAGCAGCAGCAGCCACGUCUCCACCGCAAAGCGGGCCGGCGGAGCGCUGCUGCCCGCGGGAAGUUUGCGCCCGAGAGGAGACCAAAGGACCAGAAACUUCCCCUAACCCGGCCUUCUGCUCCACAGUGGAUGCAUCUGGCAGUUGUUGCGUGUGGGGAGCGACUGGAAGAAACCCUCAUCAUGCUGAAGUCAGCGGUUCUGUUUAGCAACAGGAAGCUCAAAUUUCACAUCUUUGCAGAGGAUUCCCUGAAGCCUGAAUUUGAAAGGAAAUUGCAGGAAUGGCCUCCUUCAUACACGAAGAAGUUUGAAUAUCAUGUAUACCCAAUCUCCUUUUCGGUAGGAAACGCUCAGGAAUGGAAAAAAUUAUUCAAACCAUGUGCUGCCCAGCGGCUCUUUCUUCCGAUGAUUUUAAAAGAUGUGGACUCCCUACUGUAUGUGGACACAGAUGUCCUAUUCUUGCGACCCAUUGAUGACCUCUGGGGCUUUCUGAAAGCUUUCAACUCCACACAGCUAGCAGCCAUGGCACCCGAACAUGAAAUACCAAAGAUUGGCUGGUACAGUCGGUUUGCUCGCCACCCAUAUUAUGGAACAACUGGGGUCAACUCUGGCGUCAUGCUGAUGAAUUUAACCCGAAUAAGAAAUGCUCAGUUCAAGAACAGCAUGAUACCAACAGGCCUGACAUGGGAGGAGAUGUUGUACCCUUUAUAUCAAAAGUACAAAAACUACAUUACAUGGGGAGAUCAGGACUUGCUCAAUAUUAUUUUCUACUUUAACCCAGAAUGUCUGUACCUAUUUCCGUGCCAAUGGAACUAUCGACCAGAUCACUGCAUGUACGGCAGUAACUGCAAAGGGGCAGAAGAAGAAGGCAUUUCCAUUCUCCAUGGAAACAGAGGUGUCUACCAUGAUGAUAAACAGCCUACUUUCAAAGCACUCUAUGAAGUGAUACGUGAUUUUUCCUUUGAAGACAAUCUUUUCCAGUCCAUGUACUACCCUCUACAGACAAAAUUCCUUGAUACUGUACACACAUUAUGUGGGCGAAUUCCACAGGUUUUUCUGAAACAAAUUGAGAGAACUAUGAAGAAGGUUUACGAAAACAGAGUGAUUGUCAACGUUGGAGCAAACUUCAGAUUAUAGUUACAGCAACAUAUACUGUAUUGAUAUGCUUUUCACAAUUCUAUUCAGCCUUCUAGAGGCAGGGUAUCUUAGGCUGCAAUUAUAUACGCAGUAAACCACGGUGAGCUCAGUGGGAGUUACAUCUGAAGAGACAUGUCUAGCAUUGCACUAAGACAGAAUUUUGCAGCUGAAGAAUAAUUGAAACCAAUAUUCUUGGUUUUGUUUGGGCCUAAUGGCAUACAAAGAGUUAAUGAAUUCAGUGACAGCGAAUAUGGAUAUGAAGGAGGGAAAAAAAUAUAAGAAUUUUAUCAGGAGCUUUGGAAAUUAUUGUUCAAGGUAAUUUUUCUUAAUUCUCCUGCUUAAAGAUUACAAAGCACCAAAUCUGGACAUUGGGGCAAAAUAGCCUUUCAGAGUGAAAAGAAGACAGCCAUCA